UAUGGAGGCCGCCUUAGGUACUACUAAAUGCAGAUUUAGGAUAAACACACGGAGAACAGAAAUUCAUCCUAUAAUGCUCAAAACAGGCGAAAUGAUCGAUUACUUAUUCACUCCAAUUCUACUUUAUAUUUUUCUUGUAAUCACGUUUAAGUAUUUAUUUUCAUUAAGAAAUAGAUUACCACUUCCUCCAGGUCCAUUCUCAUGGCCAUUGAUAGGAAAUUUAUUCCAAGUAGAUCUAAAACGUCCUCAUGCUGCUUUAGCAAAGCUAGCCCAAGCUCAUGGCCCUGAUUUAAUGUCCAUAAGAUUCGGUACACGACUCGUGGUUGUUGCUUCUUCCCGUGCAGCUGCUGCUGAAGUUCUCAAAACCAAUGAUCGUAUGCUCUCUGGUCGCUACGUUGCUUGUCAUAUUCGAGUCAAGGGAUCGAGACUUCACAAUUUAUCAACUGGAUUAUUAGAGGAGUGUGAUGAAUAUUGGAAAAGCAUCCGAACAAUAUAUAGGGCUGAGCUUUUCUCAACAAAAGCUCUGGAAUCACAGGUAAGUAUGAGGGAGAACAAAGUCACUGAAAUGAUACAACAUUUGGCUAAAACACAAUUAGGCCAAGUGAUUAAGAUCAGGGACGUGGUUUUUGUGACCGCUUUAAACGUAUUGGGUAAUUUGAUUCUUUCAACAGAUUUAAUUGAUUUUGAAGGCAAAGGCGUGGGUGAAAGAAUGAAAAAGGACACGAGCAGAUACACAAUGUUGGCUGCGACCCCGCAGUUAGCAGAUUUGUAUCCAAUCUUAGGUCUUUUCAGUAAGGACUUCCAGGGAACAUAUAAGAAACUUAUGGUUUUGUUCGAUAAAAUUUGUGAUGUUUGGACCGGAAUUGUACAGGACAGAAGAAAUAGGGACAGCCAACCUUCUUUGGGUUCUAUGGAUUUUGCAGAUGCUUUGGUUAAAAAUGGUUACACUGAUACACAGAUCGAUGCAUUGCUUGUGGAAACAUUUGGAGCUGGUACAGAGUCUACAACUGCUACAAGUGAAUGGAUGCUUGUCGAACUCCUAAGAAAUCGACAAGCCUUACAAAAACUCAAGGAUGAACUCGAAGAAGUAGUAGGAGGUAAGAACGUUAUAAGGGAAUCUGACUUGCCAAAUUUACCGUACUUGGAGGCUUGUUUUAAGGAGACAUUAAGGUUGCAUCCUCCAGGACCUUUGCUACUUCCUCACCGUGCUGUGCAAACAUGUGAAGUCAUGGGUUAUAGAAUUCCAAAAGACACACAAGUAAUGGUAAAUAUGUGGGCAAUUGCGAGGGAUCCUAAGAACUGGGACUAUCCUUCUAGCUUCAAGCCCGAAAGAUUUCUCAAUUCGAAAAUGGAUUACAUAGGGAGAUAUUUUGAGUAUAUCCCAUUUGGUUCAGGAAGGAGAAUGUGUGCUGGACAACCUCUGGCUUCCAGGUUUGUUCCCUUAGUUGUUGCUUCUUUGAUCCAUGAGUUUGAUUGGUUUCUGCCAAAUGACAUUGAUUCAGCUCAGAUUGACAUGGAUGAGAUAUUGGAUAUCACAAUGUUUAAGAAUGAUCCACUUCUUGUAAUUCCUAAAUUGAGGAAAAGAGCAUAAGAGUGAAGAAAAGAAGUGGAUGAUAUUGUAAAACUCGUUAUCAUUAUAUGGGUGUGUGAUUACAUCAUGUACUUGUUCGUGUUGUUCAUCUAUUGUUACGUACUCAAAUAAUAAUUACACAUUAAUGAAUCAACGAAUUGUAUUUCUUGCUAUUCAUUUUGUUGUACAUUGUGUAUGUAAAUAUACAAAGAAAGUAUGGAUUUG